GGUUCCCCUCAAUUUCUCUGAGGGGCUUCUGAUCUCCCUCGAUGAAGAGCAGAUCAACCCUGGUGUUCGAUUCUCCUCUGGUACCGAAGAGCCGCCGGCGACCGAGAACACGUAAAGCCCGCAGGAGUCCUCUCCAAGGUUCUUUAUCUGAAUUAUUAAACAGCAAGGAUGGUUCUGCCAGUGGCAUGACAGAUAUUAGCCUUGAAGCCAGCAUUGGACCUCUCUCUAUUGAUAAUGAAAAAAUACCCAACCUAUUGAAAUGUAGCAUUUCAUGGGAUGGAAAAGAUAGAGAGACAAUUUUGGAGUCUGUAGAAGUACCAGUACUUGAAGUUGAAUCAGUUGAUCAAAUUUCUUUAAUGGAUACCUGCAAAACUGUCUUUGCACGUCAAGCAUGUAAAAAUGGAUUGAAUUCAAAUGAUCGUGUUUUAACCCACUCGUUAGCAGGACCGGCACCAUUUACUGUAGAUGGAUCUUUGUGCCCAACUGGGAGGAAUGGAGAUUCUUGGUUAGCUCCAGGAAGUACCGUAUGGGCUAAAACUGCAUAUCAUGACUGGUGGCCUGCAGAGGUCAUGGAUGAGAGAUCUCUUGAGUGUACUAAAAACAAUCAUAUUGGACAUAUUCUAGUGCAGCUUUAUGGGAGCAAGGAACAUGCUUGGCUAGAACCAGCUAGAGAUCUGUCAGAAUUUGAUUAUUGCUAUGAAGAAAGAAGCAGGAAUCCCUUGCAAGCAUUUCAAGAUGCUCUUAAGCAGGCCUUGUGCAAACAUGUGCACACAAGCCCCAGAACACUGCUAGAAAGAUGUUUAGACAACCCGAAAAGUUCUUAUCAACAUGACAAACUUGGUACAUGGCAAACUUCAAGUAAAACAAGUAAUAACUCUGCCGAUGAAGGGAGGAGCCUAAGGAAAAGAAAAAUGAAGGUCCAUUUUGAUGAGUUAACAUGUGCAGAAAAUCCAAAGAGAAGAAAUCGACGUCUUCGAAUAAUGCGGUACCUUGGACUCAUGGCUCCUGUUGGAUCUCCCUUCUCUCUUCAACAUUGAGAUGCUUGAUAACUAGCUUGUCCAUUGAUUUCUUUUUGUUCUUUUUCAAGUAAUACUUGGUCUGGUCAUCUUUACCACGUAAUGUGACGCGGCAAAUAUCUGUUAAUAGGCACAGGUCCUUUUGAGGUCCAUUGCCUGUUGUGAGGCUUGUAGUGAGAUUGAUGCAUUACUUGAUCUUUGAUAUUUUGAUACCUGAAUUAUGUAUCUAUAGCUCAAAUGUUAGACAUUUAGUUAGAUCAUGAAGAGAAAUAAAUGAUGGUCACUACUUGGAUAUUGAUUAGUCA